AUGGUGUCAAUAAUCGGUGGCCCUUCUACUGUCGCUGCUGCUGCUGCUGCUGUUGCCGGUGCCGGAACCACCAACGGCAGCAGUGAUGGGACGCAGCUGUUCAUCAACACAACGCUUGACUCAUGUGCCCUUAAGUAUGAAGAGUUCGUUAUACCAAACACAGUUCCUUACUGCAACUGGACCUGGGACAACGUACUGUGCUGGCCACCGACGGCGGCCAAUUUGACAAUAAGCCAGCGAUGCCCUCCAGCACACGGAGUCGAUACCACAAAGUUUGCCGAACGACGAUGCAGCGCCGAGGGGCAGUGGGAAAGCAAACCGGGCACCACGCCGUCCCCAGUCGGUUGGACCAACUACACACCCUGCUACAACGCGGAAGCUAAACAACUGUUUAGAAAGCUUUACUCCAGCGGCAACAUCGACGAUGUAAACAUCAAAUUUGACAUCGCCGAGCGAACGCGCAUGCUGGAACUCGUAGGAUUUAGUCUUUCGCUCGUAGCACUAAUUAUAUCCUUGGUUAUAUUUUGCAAAUUUCGUGGCCUCCGGAACAAUCGGACGCGCAUACACAAGAACCUGUUCGUUGCCAUGGUGAUACAGGUGGUGAUCCGCCUGACGUUAUACAUCGACCAAGCGAUCAUUCGCAGCGGCAGCAAGAAGUUCGGCAACGCAAGCUCCCGCCAGGGGAUCGAUAACACGUCAUUCCUGUGCGAAGCGUCGUACGUGCUGCUGGAGUACGCCAGGACCUGCAUGUUUAUGUGGAUGUUUAUAGAGGGGCUAUAUUUACACAACGUAGUAACGGUUACAGUAUUUCAAGGAAGGUUUCCGCACACGCUUUAUGCCGCCGUCGGCUGGGGUGGCCCACUCCUGCUGACCAUCAUCUGGGCGGUUACAACGGCCCAGUACAUCCGGCAGCAAAAAUGCUGGUGGGGUUACAACUUGACGCCUUAUUACUGGAUUUUGGAAGGUCCAAGACUAGCAGUAGUCGUGUUGAAUUUCAUAUUUUUACUAAAUAUCAUAAGAGUAUUGAUCGUGAAGCUACGCCAAAGCCACACCAGCGACGUGGAGCAAGCCCGCAAGGCGGUCCGAGCGGCGGUCGUCCUUGUGCCAUUACUAGGAAUCACCAACAUACUCAACAUGACGGAAGCACCGCUCGAUAAGACGGUGCUCGAGUUCGCCAUCUGGUCGUACGUGACGCACUUUCUCGUGUCCUUUCAAGGGUUUUUCAUCGCGCUGCUCUACUGCUUCCUAAACGGCGAGGUUCGCACGGCCCUCAUGAAGAGCAUCAGCGUGUAUCUGUCCCUGCGAGGACACCACGAUUGGGCAGUUCGCCGGCAGUCGCUGUUUUCCGCCGGUUAUCCUACGGCUCCGGUCAACGAGGCACCGAACGCGGGUGAAUCAAACCGAAACACCAACCGCAACACCGCCGCCAACAACAGCCUGCUCGGUGCCAACAACCACACCGCCAAUGGGGGUGGUGGCGCGGCCAACAAUGGGGGUGGUUUCCGCGGGGGCUGGUUUGGCCGCUGCUUCCUAGUACAAAAACAUACCAACCCGUCCGCACCGGAACCGGCCCCACCUGAGUCAGUUGUAUUCGAUAUUUCCGACUAGUGGCUUGCGUUGUCGUUCUCUUUUUCUUUUCUUUUGGUUUCCGUAUGUCUUUAACCAGCGUGUGAUGGCAGCUGGUGGCGCACGUUCGAUGUACACCGAUCCAAGAGACUAUAAGAAACAAGUAGAGCUUUAUCCGACGAUCACGGAUCCUCGGAACCGGCAACAACUAUCAGGGUAGCCGCACCAAAUCGAACCACUUUUCAGCAGGAGCCAAGCUGGCAGGGACAACAAUAACGCGUAAUGGUUUUAUAUUCACUGCGCCUGUUACAGAAAUGCUAUUUUUAAAAAAGUUACAUCCGCUUGGCUGGCGGACCAAGGGAAACGGAAACGUAUCAAAUUAUUACGCGAUCGUAAAGAAAACGACUAAGAUAUACAGUGUGCGGUCUAGAUUUGAGGUGGCGCGGGUGGAUAGAUAGAUAGAGUAAAGGUAUAGAGUAAAUAAGGCAAAAGAGAACACUUUUAACGUACGUUGCUUGCCCGUUGCAUAUGCAUAAAUGAAACAUUUUACCAGCUAACGGGUGUGCAUGUGUGUCGGAGAUAUUUAUGAUGUCGAUUGUUUUAUUGUUUAAGUCAAUUUCGUAACUGUUAUAGCGUGUAACGCCUGGAAGGGAGUUGAAGAACAGGAUACCAAAAAAAAAAUUAAGGCAGCACAGUAAACCAAACUACUACGCAUCGACGAAUUUGGCAACGCAACUUAGAUUAAUUUAUGUACGUGUAAGAGUCAAGUCUUAACGCUCCAAUAAACGCAAU